AUACUCCAGAUUUUUCAGAUUCUUCAGAUUCUUCAGAUUCUCCAAAUUCUCUAGAAUUCGAAUUAAAAAUGUAUGAUAUUAUAAAUUUGAAGAAUGAAGAUGGCUCAACAUCAGAGAAAGGUUUGAAAUCAGAGAAUGGCUCGAAAUCAGAGAAUGAACCAAACCGAGAAGAUGAGAAUGAAGCUGGUGAGGAAGUAGAAGAAGAGGAGCAGGAAUUAUCGUACAGAAAAUUUUCCAGGAUUCACACCGAUACCAAAUUGCCAUUUACUGAAAUGCAGCUCGAUUGGAUAAUGAAUGCUUCUAAGUCCAUAUUUACGUGGUCCGUUGCUGUGUCAGAUAAAUCAACUAACUCAUCGAAAUUUAGAUUAUUGGCAAUAUCUUGUAUCAGUAUUAAAGACAUGGAAUAUUAUAAGGAAUAUUAUAAGAAAAUAGACCCUAAAGAAAUUCAAAAUAUUCAAAAUAAUGGAUUUACCUUCGUUUUCAUUAUUAAUAAUGAUUGUACAAUUAAGAAUACUGAAGAUAAGGAAUUACUAAUUAAAUACGGUGGAAUAGUCAAAUUGUUUUAUGAAAAGGAUUAUAUAGCAGAACAAGAUGCUGAUGAUCACUUCCUUAUUCUCUUGACACUUUCAGGAAUACAUAAAUAUCAUAUAAAGAAUAAGUCUACUUAUAACAUACAAAAGUUAAAAUAUCCGAAAAGAAUAUAUACCUCAAUUUUUAGCAAUAUAACUUUUUACUUUGAUGCUUUGGUUGAUUGUAAUGAUUUAUAUAAUUAUAUAUGCUCAUAUAUUCAGCUAUGCAUAAAUAAGCAUUAUAUUUUGGUCGAUACUUUGAAAGAAAACAUCAAAUAUAUGGAACUUUAUGACUUAAAGACAAACCAACUAGUAAAUACCUUUCAGAGACAGAUUUUAUGUAAAUCGACCUUGUGGGAAUUUCCUAGUUCUUACACCAUAUCAAACAAUGGCAAAUUAUUAGCAUAUUUAUCAUUUCCAAUUAAAGGAAUCACAAUAUAUUCGAUCGAAUGUGGUUUAGAAAUAGCAGAACUUGCAAAUAUUUUAGAUACAAGCAUCUUUAAAACUGUAGAUGGUUUAGAAAGGAUGUUUCUUCAUUUUUUUUACAAUGACGAGAAGUUACUUAUAUAUUUUUCAGAGUCGGAAACUUCAUCAGCUGUUUGGGCAAUUUGGGAUAUUUUCGGUUCAUUACGAGAUUCUGUUAAAUUAAAUCAGCAAAAAUUUAUAUUGAAAUUUCCAUCAAUUGUGGAUUAUGAAUUGGCAGAUGUAUCAAAUUCAU